CUCGAGCCCUAACAGCCGAUUCUCUUUCUAUCUCUGUUGGGUGCUCUCUUCUCAGGUUUGUUUGGAUGGAAGCGGCGGUUGUUCUUCAAUAUUCUUAUGGUUUUUGUAAAUCUUCUAGUCUCGUGGUUAGAUCGGGUCUUGUAGCAGCGAGUGUGCCUGAUUUGGUGAGUUUCAAUGGAAAGGUUCGUUUUCCGAACAGAUUGAUUAAGCAUUCUCCUUCAAUUGCUCUUCCCAACCAAGGCCACAAGAAAUCAAUUGUUGUUCGUAGGAAAAGCAUUGUUGUAAUGUCAUCAUCUUCAUCUCACGAAUCGGCAGAAGCAGCAACUCCAAUCGCUCCUCUUGAAUUGGAGUCUCCGGUUGGGCAGUUCUUGUCUCAGAUUUUGAAAAGCCAUCCUCAUCUGGUCCCGGCUGCUGUUGACCAGCAGCUUAAACAACUUCAAACUGACCGUGAGGCUGAGAAACAUAAAGAAGAGCCUUCUGCUUCUGGCACUGAUCUUGUUUUGUACAGGAGAAUAGCCGAGGUCAAGGCUAAUGAGAGGAGAAAGGCUUUAGAAGAGAUUCUGUAUGCACUAGUCGUGCAGAAAUUCAUGGAUGCAAAUGUAUCUUUGAUACCCACAAUUUCCUCACCGUCUUCAUCCGACCGUUCUGACCGGGUAUACUCAUGGCCAAGUGAAGUGGAGAAGCUUGAGCAGCUGCACUCACCAGAAGCCUAUGCAAUGAUCCAAAACCACCUGACUCUCAUCUUAGGGAAUCGAGUUGCAGACUCGAAAACUGUUGCACAGAUAAGCAAACUCAGGGUUGGGCAAGUUUAUACUGCAUCAGUAAUGUAUGGUUAUUUUCUAAAGCGAGUUGAUCAACGGUUCCAGCUUGAGAAGACAAUGAAGAUCCUCCCUGAUGGACGGAAUGAAGAAAGGAGUGAUUAUGGACAUGCAAUGGCUGAGGAGAUGGGACCCAAUGGUAUUGAUUUGUCUCCAGAUUCACCACAUGCUGAGAAAACCCACCCUGAGGUUCCAUACGGUAAAUUCAGUUCUGGGGGAUUUGGGUAUGGGAUUAAGCCGUCACGACUAAGGACCUAUGUGAUGUCAUUCGAUGCUGAGACGUUGCACAGAUAUGCAACAAUUAGAUCCAAGGAAGCUAUUAGUAUCAUUGAGAAGCAUACAGAGUCAUUGUUUGGGAGGCCUGAGAUUGUGUUCCCACCUCAGGGUACUGUUGAUUCUACCAAGGAUGAACUCAUCAGAUUAAGCUUUGGCGGGUUGAAGAGGCUUGUUUUGGAGGCUCUUACUUUUGGGUCUUUCCUCUGGGAUGUUGAGAGUUAUGUUGAUUCUAGGUAUCAUUUCGUUAUCAGUUAAUUUGUUUUUACUCAAUUCACUUCUAGUGUAUAAAAAUAAAGAUUGUUCUUGUCCAUUUGAAUCUACUACUUAUGAAGAGGAUAAUUACUUCUUGCUUUC